UUUUUAAUGGAUUUGAUUUCGUGCGAAAUUGAAUUUCAACAUAUAUAUAAUUUUUUUUAGGCACAAGAUAUUUACAACACCCACUACUAACCCUUCUCUCUUCCUUCCUUAUUAUUAGCCUCUCGCUCGAAUCACAAACACGUAGUUAUUCCCUUUUACUCCCUCCUCUCUCUCUCCCCCAAUUUCAAACCCUAGCAGAUCCUCGUCAAGAAUCAUCAGCCAUGAAAGGAGGUAAUUCGAAGUCUGACUCCAGAAACUCCAAGCUCUCUGUGAACAAGAAGCCUACGAAGGCGAGCAAAGCUGCUGCUAAAGAUCCUAACAAACCUAAGAGGCCGGCCAGUGCUUUCUUCGUCUUCAUGGAGGACUUCCGUCAGACUUACAAGAAGGAACACCCCGACAACAAAUCUGUUGCUGCUGUUGGGAAAGCUGGUGGAGAGAAGUGGAAAUCACUGUCUGACUCUGAGAAAGCUCCCUACGUAGCUAAGGCUGAUAAGCGCAAGGUUGAGUAUGAGAAGACCAUGAAGGCCUACAACAAGAAGCUGGAGGAAGGUCCGAAGGAGGACGAGGAAUCUGACGACAAGUCAGUGUCUGAGGUUAGUGAAGAGGAGGAUGCGGAUGAUGGGAGUGAUGAGGAGGAAGACGAUUGACUAAGAAGUUGAAGUCGGCAGCAUUAUAUAAAGACGCUGCAAGGAUCUCUCUGAUGCUUUUCUUAUCUUCUUUUCCCUUACAAUGUUAACGGGGCUGGUUAAAAUUAAAAUGGUUUUCUGCUUUUAUUUUUACUGAUGUUUCUAUUUAGUAAGCUACCGCUAUCUCCCACUGAUUCUGAUUCUACUGGUAAUGGCAAAAAUUGUUUUAGAUGGUGAA